AUGGGCGAUUUGCGAAGACAUCGGUGCCCUUUCGUAAGCUGUUUCCCAUUUUUAAAUGGGGGCGAUUUGCGAUUGGAGGCUGAUACCGUUUUGACAAUUGAUUUAUUGGAUGUUGCGGGUGAACGAGUACAUGUUGCUAGUGAAUUACAACGAGCUCCGACAAAAUUCGAAGUUAGAACAGCACGACAUAUUGGUGAAGCAAUCGACACUGUGGAACUCUCCCUUCCUCACGAUUCUGGUUCGUUUUCUUUGGAUGUUUCCUCGUCAUCGCUAGAUUCAUAG